CGCAAAACUUUACUUUUACAAACACGCUAUAGGAGUGCGAAGAAGACCCAAAAUGAUAGUUUACUGUUCAUUCUAAGACGGAAGAUGGCUUUAAAGAAUUUAGUUACAUUCAGUCUAGUAUUACUGAUAUAUGGAUUAAUACUGUCAAACGGAGAAUUCGCGGGAAGUGCUAAAUAUAAGGAACCAGAGGUCUGUCGGGGAUCAUCAGAAGGUCUAAGUGCGAGUGGAACAAGUGAUGAAGCUCGAUACCGGAAACUAAAACAACGCUAUGGAAACUGUACAUACGUAGACGGAAACUUAGAAAUAAAGUUUUUAGAGCAGCCAAAUAUUACAUAUGAUUUAAGUUUUUUAUCAAAUAUUGAGGAAGUGAGUGGAUAUGUUUUAAUUGCUUCUGUGACAGCAGAGUAUGUACCACUGACAAAUUUGAAAAUCAUUAGAGGGAACGAGUUGUUUAAUUUCAAGAACAACAGCUACAGUUUAUUUGUGGCCCUUAAUCAUCAAGAAACAGGUGUACGAGGGAAAAUUGGACUGAAGGAACUGUGGUUUACCAAUUUAUCAGAGAUAACAAGAGGAGAUAUCUAUUUUCAUAAUAAUGAUCUUCUGUGUUUCCAUGACACCAUUUUGUGGAAGGAUAUAAAAUUUAACCCUAAUUACAAAGUUAACUUCAAGACUACAAAUAAUACAGAUGACCAAUAUAGCAAAAACUGUCCUCCAUGUCAUCCGCAAUGUCUCCAAGAAAAGACAAAGAAUUUCCACUGCUGGGGAAAAGGACCAGAUAAGUGUCAGAAGUUUAUCCGAGAGCUGUGUCAUCCAAGUUGCGAUACUGGAUGUUUUGGAAGUGGGAUAAAUGAAUGCUGUCAUGCUCAAUGUGCUGGAGGUUGUAAUGCUGCCAGGAGCACAGAUUGUGUGGCUUGCAAAAACUUCUACAAUGAAGGGAUGUGUGUCAAUGAGUGUCCGAAGCCCAAGAUAUACAAUAGAGUUACUAUGCUCCUAGAGAACAACCCUGAUGGGAAAUAUGCAUACAAGUCUCUGUGUGUUAAGGAAUGUCCAGAUUAUAUGUUGAAGGAUGAACAAAAUGCCUUAUGUGUUAGGAUGUGUCCAGCUAAUUUUUACCCAGAAAACAACACUUGUGUGCCGUGUCAUGGACCUUGUCCAAAGUGGUGUCGUGGACUUAAAGCUGAUGAUUUUUUGUCCAGCCAGAACAUUGAUAAGUUUCAAAACUGCACUGUCAUUGAUGGGAAUCUGAAAAUUGUACAGACAACAUUUGAAGGGGAUACGUACAGAAAACUUAUUGGUCUUACACGGGAACAGUUGGAAGCCCUGAAGACAGUAAAGGAGAUAACGGGUUACCUGAUGGUUCAGGGAGGCAACAGCCAGGAAAUGCCUGAUCUCUCCUUUCUCUCAAACCUCCAAAUCAUUCAUGGCCGUGAACUGGAUAUAGCAGGGAAUGCAUUUAGUGCGAUUAUGACAAAUCUUAGUUCACUGGAGUUGAUUUCGCUACAAAGUAUUAAAAAUGGAAAAAUAAGCCUGUUUGGGAAUAAGCACCUGUGUUUUAUAGAAGGCACUGAUUUUACACAACUCUUCACUGUGCAAAAAAAACCAGGUCAAGAAUUCAAAAUCAAAGAUUAUGUACGGAGCAAGGACAAUCGGCCCCCUCAAGACUGCAAAAAAGAGGGACAUGUGUGCCACCAGAGUUGCUCAGAUGAAGGUUGCUGGGGUAAAGGUGCUAACAAGUGCUUAAACUGCCGCUCCUACAAGAUUGACAAUAGCAGCAACAUCUGCAUUGACCACUGUAAACAGGUCCCGAUGAUGUACGAUGCUGGGAAUCGCCUUUGUGCAUUCUGCCAUGAGGAGUGUAAAGAAGACUGUGUGGGAGCUGGGCCAGGAAAUUGCACCAAGUGCAGACAUUUUACCAUAAAACACCGAGACAAGUCAAUCACCUGUCUGAAUCAGUGCCCAGAGAUGUUUUACCCAAAUGAGAACAAUACCUGUCUCCCAUGUCAUGAUAAUUGUGCAGAGGGCUGCACUGGACCUUCAGAUAUUGUUGGAGAGGGAGGUUGUAAUACGUGCGAACUUGGUAUUGAAUUCAAAGAGCUGGAUGGAAAGUCCAGGUUCAGAUGUAUGCUUGACAGUGAGAGCCAGAGGUGUCCACAUAACUACUUCCUGUCCUACGUCAGCAGACAGACCUCAAGUCAUCUUGUGGGCAGUUCAGCUUGCUUCAUAUGUGACGAGAUGUGUGAUGGUUGUCACCUGAGCAGUAACUUAAACUGUAUUAAGUGCAAAUAUGUCAAGCAAGAUGGUGCCUGCCGCAGAUCAUGCAUUAACAUGUUUUACGAAGAUGGGGACCAGGAAUGCAGGCAGUGUGAUGAGGAGUGUCGAGGAGGCUGCUAUGGUCCCACACAAACCGAAUGCCAUGCCUGCAACAACUUCAAGGUCUACUUGGAUAAAGAAUCCUGGAAUGGGAAAAGGGAGAACUGCACUGAUCCUGACUUCAUGUGUCGACAGUUUAACUGCACUAAAUCAUGUCCUCCAGACAUGCAUUACCGUGAGAAGGACGACAUGUCUGAUGAGGAGACCACCACUCUGUGUGUGGAUGAGACGCAUCCACUCGUGGCCAAAAGACUGUCGCAGGCCAAAAAUGAUAAAGUCAAGAGAGAUCAGGAGAGGACCAUCAUCAUUGUGUGCUCCACUGUUGGUGGGAUUGUUGUACUGGCAGGAGCUCUGGUUAUGUUUGGAUAUUGUUGGUGCCAGAGAGCCAAAUCACAGGAGAAGACAGCCAUACUUACUGCCAAGAUGACAGGCUAUGAUGAUGAGCAACCACUAACCCCAACCAAUGCUAAACCAGACAUGUCUAGUAUUCGACUCAUAAAACAGUCCGAGUUGCGAAGAGGAGGAAUAAUAGGCUCCGGGGCCUUUGGCACGGUGUAUAAGGGCUUUUGGAUUCCUCAAGAUGAAAAUGUGAAGAUUCCUGUUGCCAUCAAAGUCUUGUCCGACAGCACCUCGCCAAGUCAGAACAAAGAACUGUUAGAAGAGGCUCGUGUGAUGGCCUCGGUGGAACACAGCUGCUGUAUCCGUAUCCUGGCUGUGUGUAUGACAGCACAGAUGAUGCUGAUUACACAGUUAAUGCCACUGGGCUGUCUGCUGGACUACGUUAGAAAACACAAAGACAACAUUGGAUCUAAGGUCCUUCUCAACUGGUGUACACAAAUAGCAAAGGGUAUGGCCUAUCUGGAGGAGAGGGGCAUUGUACACAGGGAUUUGGCUGCUAGGAACGUGUUAGUCCAGAGUCCAGGCCAGAUCAAGAUCACUGACUUUGGUCUGGCAAAGUUGCUAGACAUCAACGAGGACGAGUAUCAUGCUGCAGGAGGAAAGAUGCCCAUCAAAUGGUUAGCCCUUGAAUGUAUCCAGCAGAGAAUAUUUACCCAUAAAAGUGAUGUGUGGAGUUUCGGGGUCACAGUGUGGGAACUUUUUACAUAUGGACAGAGACCAUAUGAGAAUGUGAGAGCAAGGGAUGUCCCAGACUUACUGGAGAAAGGAGAGCGUUUACCUCAGCCCUCUAUUUGUACUAUAGAUGUUUAUAUGAUCAUGAUUAAAUGUUGGAUGUUAGAUGCUGAUAGCCGUCCCUCAUUCUUUGAGUUGACGGAAGAAUUUGCCAAAAUGGCCAGGGACCCUGGUCGUUACUUAGUUAUUUCAGGAGAUGUAUUGAAGAAAAUCCCAGAGGACUCGAAUACACCCUCACAGAUCGAGCUUAUCACGCCCGAUACGUCCAUCAAUCCUAAAGAGGAGGGUGACAAGUUGAUGCGUCUGCCUAGUCAUUCCUAUGACAAGAACGACUUGGCUCGCAGUCUCAGUGUGGCAGUUGAUGGACCAGAGGAGGUGAUCGAAGCAGAUGACUAUCUACAGCCCACACCCAGGGCAUCUGUGGAGAUACCCACCACACCUGUCUCAUCAAAGACUCCAUUACUGCCAUAUGAUGCAUCCUUACCAACUGAACAAAGUAUCCCACUUAAAGAACUUCGACCACCUGCUCGUAGGGAAAAACGUUAUGGUCACCUGGAAUCUGCAGCGAAAGCUCGAGACCAGCGGGCACAGGACCCAUCCAGGAAUCGUGGUGACAGUGUCAAUUCUCGCUAUAGUUCUGACCCAGUGAAAGUUCUUCAUACAGAUGAAAUAGAUUCUGGUCAUAAAAGACCUCUUAGGAAUGGCUCUGUGGGCAGACCAAACAUCCCCAAUCACUACCUGAAGCAUUCUCCUGAUUUCAAGAUGCAGUUACCAUUGGAUGAAGAUGACUAUCUUCAGCCAAAGUCUUCCAAACCUCGGGCAUAUGCUGAUUUAAUAGAUGGGCAAGAUUACCUAAAUGACAGUUCAGGUUCAGUCUUUCUGGACGACCAUUUGGACCACAACGGUCAUGGCCAACCGGGUCUGAACUUUCAAAACCCAGAAUAUUUUGAUGAACCUAAUUUAAAUGUGCCAAAAAAGCAGUUAGUUAAUAAAGGUUACUAUAACGACAUUUCUGCUAUUAAUGGUGAAAAUAACGAACAUGAACCUCUGGUGCUCAGUGAGGAAUGGAAACCAGAAACGACUGUUUAGUGUUCCCUCUGCACCUAUAUGGUUGCCAUAGUUGAAAGUCCAGCUUUAAACUGCCAUAUAUUUAUAUUAACCAGUGUGAUGGUUGUGUUUUGUGAUGGAGAAAAUCCCAAGUCUACAACUAACUGACCCAUCAUAAUUCAUUACACAGGAACACUGUUGUGAUUUAGACUUGGCUGAAGGUCAGAGAGAUUUGGAAAGUUCUUUGUGAACAAAUUCUUUCACAGAUCAAACGCUCAAAUUCUACCACCCAGUAGACAAGGGAAUGCUGCUUCAUAGUGCAAAUUGAUUUAGACUGCAUAGUGUACAGCAUAUUGAAUGAGACAGGAAAUCCUGCUACUACUUGGAGGUACUAAAGAAAAAGAUGAUGGUGAUGGAGAACCAAAGAAAUCCAUUAUUAUUGUGCCAGACUACAAAACUGUGUUGACAGGAAUUUGUGACGGUUGCUGACAUUUGUCAGUUGUUAUCUAUGCAGAUGAAGGCAGGACAUGUUGCUAUAUUUGUUUUUUGUUGGAUAUUUUGUUGUUUUGUUAUAUACAGCUUCCGUCAAGCUUUAAUAUCAAAUUAUUGCACAGGAUCUUUAUAUAUGUUUAUAUCUCUGUUAACUUUUGUGACUGUUAAUAUACAUCAUGUUUGUAUCAUUUGAUGUGAAGAUGUAGUUUGUUUUUUUCUGUUUUUCCUCAACAACCGUAGGGCAAACAAACACUUAGCAAUUUAGCAGUUCUAGUUAUCACAAAAUUUGUGAUUUUAAAACAACACAGAAAGGUUGAUUUUCAGUUUAAGUCUUUGAUCUGAAUGAGUUUGGGUGUUAGUCAAAGGAAUGUAAUUUUAUAUAAGAUUAAUCAAUGAAGAUUCAAGCAAUUCAUAAAUGUAGGAAAUACAUGAUUUUAUUUUUACCAAGCAUAACAGAUGCUGAAUUUUCAUUCAAACAUUCAUAACACUGAAUAGCUUUACAAUGAAAAGCGAGUAGAUAAGUUUAACCAUUUCAAGACUUCUAAUAGACGAUCAUUUCCAAUACAUACUCAGUUUUCACUCAUAAUUAUACUACAAAUAGAUUGCUCAUAUCAUUUUUAUCUGUGAAAGAUACCAAAUUUUUCAAACUGCUUAUGGGAUACCAAGGCCUUCCAAUUACCAUAUCUACAGUCUACAACACUUUGCAGACGUGACCGAAUACUCAGUUAACACCAUACCAAUAGAUGUAAUCAGAACGCUUCCCAUCAAGUCAUUUAGAAAGUAGAAAUAUCUUUGUUCAUUUUGUAGAAUUUCCAUCGUGCUGUACUAUCUAGUCACUUUCAUUGUUUAUGAUGCAGCACAUGCCUCCCAUUACAUUUCUUCGUGUUCAUUUCAUUGUUCUGUCAGAAUUCUGAAAGAAUUGUUCAAAUGUUACAAAUAGAUUAUGCCGUAUGUAAUUUAAAGAAUGACUUUGAGUCUUAAAAUGGGUAUAAUUGCCAGUACAGAUCAAUUAAUUAAUGAAAUGAGUUUACUGCAGUGUACAUUUAAAUACAUUGACUGUAUCAGGCUCUCACUGGAACUCAUGAAUUAAUGUAAUAAUUAAGAUAAUGAAUUAUAACUGACUACAAUUUGGAUAACUUUGCAAAUCCGAAGACUGUAUUUGCAGUAUGAAAUAUGUACAUAGGAUAUUUUUUAUUUUGGAUGUAUUUGACCCAGACAGGGAGUAAUAUUUUGCAAGAAGUUUUAUUUCAAUUUUCUCUGGGGAGAUUUUUUUUAUGUUCGGAUUUUAGCGGUUUUUUUCUAAAAUUACAUUGAGCUCUUUGCCGUAUAUUUCCUAUUCUAGAAGUGGUGAAAUGGAUGACUGAAAUUAUUUGCAUACAAUGAUGCACUAAUGAUGCUGUUGUAAUCAAUUCAUUAUUAAUAGUUAAGGCUGUAGCAUGUUUUGAAGUGUUCUGUUUCAUUUACUCUCUAUUUAUGUUUUGUAUAUUUAUUUGGAUAGAUUGAUCUCUGUUAUCGAUUAUUUAAAACACUGCUGGCAUAUCAGUAUACUGGUGCAGUUCGGCAGUUGUAAUGUUAACUUAUUAAAAUAUGCCUUCAUAAUUAUAAAAACAUAAACACCGUAGAUAUCAUUGAACAACACAAUACACCUAUUGAACAGCUUCAAGAUCUUUAAGGACAAGUUAUUGAAUUUUACAUCUAUUUUUUAUUUUAUUUCAGAAUGGUUAGGUUGGGAAUUUUUUUUCAGUUUUCUCUGUAUUUUCCAUUGUUCAUGUGCAACAUUUUCAUUAUGUUAUGAUUACAUUGUUAUUUACCAAAUCGUGAUUAGUAAAAUUCAUAUCAUUUUUAUGAUUUCAUUUUUAUUAUUUAGUUUUUAGUAAUUACCAAAUAUCUACUUAAGCAAUUGAUUUUACUUAAAAUCACUGAUGUUUUUUUUAUAUAUGUUUAUUUUUUAGAACAUGAUACUUUUGAUAAAUUUCUAUGCUGAAUUAAUUUGUAAGGACUGGCAAUACCACAUGCAAGUUUCAAUAUGCAUCUGAGAUUUUUCCCUUAAGUGAUUUUUUUAUACUCAGUGAGGUGCAAACAAAUUUGUAAGCAAAAAGGAUUUGAAAUAUGUCUAUCACUGCUUGUGUAGAUGUAUACAAUAAUUUCUCAUUGCUAUUUAGUUACUUGAAUGUGGUCGAUACACAAAACCAGAAGUCAGAAGUCAGUAAGUAGAGAAACAUAAGAAAUGCUUAGUUAUAUUUUGCGUUGCUCAUAUUUAAUAUGACUAGAGUAUUUCUUGCAAAAAUAGUAUAAUUUUUGUUUUCAUGUUUAAUAGUAAAACUUUUCUUGAGUCUUAGUAUACUGACCACAUUGUUACUGCUUUUCAGAUUCUUUUAUCAUCUUUGUCACUUUUGUAGGGGUAGUCUGUCCUACAUUGGUGUCUAAAGCUCCAUUAAAUGCACCUCUGACACUAAAGAGCUCAGAUCUUGAAAAUUGCAUAUUCUCAUUUCAAAUUAAGAAAAAAAUCCUUGAGUUUUUGAUAAACUUAUUGUAGAUCUUUGAUAGAAAAAUGUUGAUGAAUAUUUUCAAAGCCUGGCUGUGUAUUUUUAAAAUGCUUGAACUUCUAGAAUACUUGUAACAUGAUAUUAAGUCAGUUACACUGGGGGUUAAUACAAAGCUAUCUUUAGACAAACUUUGUUUCAUUUGUAACCUACCAUUUACUUUUUCUGUGCUGAAGAACAUACUCUUCUCAUCGAAAUGGAGAUUUACUGUUGAAAGUUCAUGUUAGUAUCCAGACCACAUUGUUACUGCAAUAUAUUUACAAUAAAUGUGCAUCUCUCUGUGCAGACUAUUUGAAGUAUUAUCAUAAUGUUAAGGCCACCACUCAAUUUGCUCUGCUGACAAUGUUUUUGUUUUAUGUUCAUCAAAUAUUUUAGUGAUAGCAGGAAGAACUGCAUGUCAAAUUUUUUUUGUAUCAUUGCAUUAGUUAAUUAAAUUGCUUUGUGUAAUUUCAUACAGGAUAUAUGUGAAUCCUAAGAGAAAUAUAUAAUUAAAUGAAAAACACUU